CGGUAGUGGAUCUGUAACUCCUCGAGGAUCGUCUUGGACGACCGGAACAAACUGUCGAUCGGGACGUGUGUAACCGAUGAAGCGCCUGAGCAAAGCAGUGCAUGACCGCGUCGGCGGGCGGAAGACCACGACGGGCGGAGUGACCAAUGCACCUCUUCUUCCCGACGAUGAACUUCCUUCUGAGGCGGAUGCAAAGACACCUGGAAACACCCUGCAUGAUGACCUCGAGGAAGUCGAGCUACAACUUGUCCAUGUGCUCCAGCAAAACGGUGUCGGCGAAAUCUGCCGUACCAUCAAGGCAGAGAUCGACACGAUCUGGGCGGUGCAAUCGGCCUUCAAGACGUUAGCCAGUGUCGGCCACUUUUACUUUUCCUGCGGCGAGACCGUCUUUGCGGUGAGUCCUGCCGACGGGUUCUACGACAGCGACGGCCUCGUUCUCGCUUUGUUCGCGCUCAAGAAAUUCCCCCAUCAGAAAGAAGUCCUGUGCCCCAUCUUGGACACCAUAUCCAUCUACGCCAAGUUGGAUGUGGAGCGCGCGUUAACUUUCUGUGCCAUCGACGACGGUGUUGAGCUCGUCAUGAACUGCGUGCGGAACCACUACGACAAGCCCGACCUCAUCUGCAUGGCACACGAAGCCUUGGGCAGCCUCAUUCUCAACGAUGACAUCCGCCUCCACAUUGCAUCCCGCCGCCUCAUCGAGGAACUCUUGGCCUUGCUUCGCCGAUACAAGGCCAACAUGGAAGUGUCUCGGGCAGUGCUGUACCCCCUCAGCCACUUUGUUGUGCUCAAGGACAUGGCGCAUGCGUUCGUCGACUUGAACGGCAUCCCAACCGCUCUCCAGUGCCUCAAAAUGCACAAAGACGACCAGCAGGCCGCGUGGUAUGCCAUCGCCCUCCUCAACGCGUUGACGACCGACCCGUACCACGUCCAACUUAUCGGAAGCGUCUUCGCGCAGCGCGGUGUCCACAUCAUUGCACGGGCGAUCGCCAAGCACGUCGAAGUCGAGGAAAUUGCGUUGGAAGGGUUCCAUCUACUUGAGAGCAUCGCAACCGUGUCCGACUUCUUCCCUGUCAUCAACCAAAAUCACGUGCUUGAGCUGGCCUACCUCGCCCUGUCGCUGUACAAAGGUCCGCAGUACACUCACACAAGACUCGAGAUCAAAAAACGAGUGCUCGCGUUUCAAACGUGCGCCAUCCAAGACGGCCACGCGUACGCGAUGCAAGAGCGACUGACCAAAGGCGACUGCAUCAUGUACACGCUGUUCGUCGUCCUCACUGCGAUCGCUGCCGCGCUUUCGCCGUACGACCACCAAACGCACCACGAAACGCAAGCGCUGACCCAAUCCAUGCGCCUUCCGCCCACAUUUUCCGACAUCAACGCAGUCUGGUCGUACUUGCAAACGCCGUUCAUCCAUGCGCUGUUUCCAUCCGUGCCGGCGGAUUCCAUGGCCACUCCCACCAUGCUGCACGCAUCCAACGUCCUCCUCGGGUCGGUGCAAUUGCACCAACGCCGACUCAACAGCGUCGACCUGUCCGAAGACUCUUCCACCCAUGCGUUUGGCCAGUGGACGCCAGACCGCGGGUACCCUGCGUCCCUGCCAACCGAUGCUGUCCUCGCUCCCAAUUGCAACGACCCAACGUGCGUUCUCUCGCGUCUACAAGAGCGACAGUGGCUCGAUGUGUACACGAGAACUGUGGUGGUGGACUGGAACGUGUACAAUGCAGCCCUCGAUGUCCACGUCGCGAUGACGCUGUCCCUGGAUUUUCCAGUCGGCGCUGCUGUUCAAGCCCAUCUCCGCGCGACACCGGCCUACUUUAAUGUGUACCGUGGCGUGUUCUUUACGUCCGGUUUGUUUUACGUGGACAUGGGCCUCCUUGGGUUUUCGCUGUACACCGCGUGGCGGGCCGGGGGCAAACUGCACCGGUACCGCCAGUACUACUUGUUGAUUGGGGCGCACGUCGUGGACUGCGCGAUUGUCGUGUUGUGGCUUGCCAUUUGGUGCACACGACUCCAAUUUGUCUCGACCGCGUCGUACGCACUCAUGCUGCAGCUCGCCGGUCCUUCCUACGUGUCCCUUCGAGAUGUGACCGCUCUCGCCCAGCAAGACCGCGUCCUCUUUGCAAUUGUAUCGCUUGUCAUGUGGCUCAACUGGACGCGAUAUUGGUCCUUCCACAACCUCCGUUACCUCCUUUGCGUCCUUGAGGCCACCACGGGAUAUAUUGUCGGCUACAGCCUCUUGAUUGUUCUUGUACUCGUGGGUGUGGCGCACUACAUGAUGCUGUCGACGCCAUGGAGCGCUCCCUGGACCUUCCUGGACCAUUUCACCGCGGCGAUUCAUGCGUUAAGCACCCACGGACUUGCGAGUCCGUCGCUCCCCACUUGGCAUGGCUACCUCCUCUUCUUCGGCUUCAACGUCCUCAUGCCGCUCGUCUUACUUUUCCUCCUUGCUCCUCUGUUUCGCCUGGGAUUCAACAUUUGUCCGCGCGAACCUCCCAAGCGCGCCGCUGCGAAGGCAUGGACGACAUCCCUCAAGGGGCAUAAGAAACCUCUUCGUACGAACAUGAAGGUCGCGUUCCACACGGCGAAAGUGGCGCUCAAGCGCAUGCUUGAAGACCGCCAGUCGGCCAUUCGGAAGCAUUCGUUCAGUCCAUGGGAAAAGUCCGACGCCAGCCUCGUCGACGACAUCACCGAAGCCAACUACGUCAACCCGAGUGCCCCAUCCAUCCUGCAGGAACUGCAGCGGGGAGUUGUUCACUUGGCCGUGGAGGAGCAACACCUCGACCUACUUGCCUCGACACUGCUCAAGCGCCUCCAGCAACUUGAUCUUCUCCUUCGGUCCACGUUUUCUCGGUCGAGCAAGGCACCGUUGACAACACCAGUGUCUCUCGAGAAUACACGACGGACGUUUAGCUUAUCCUACGCACAGCGCCGGGGGCAGUCGUCAGGCACAAGUGAAGACAAGGAGAACAUCGAUGAGCCAUCGGCGCUCGAGCAAGAGCAUGCAUGAUGCUGCGCCAUGGCCCGUUCGUUGCUUCUCUUUCCAAAUUGCGUAAACGAGUACAUUCAUGGGAGGAUUUUCAAUAAAUUGCAAAUUUAUUGGUGUACUACA